GUUAAAAUGAUUUUGGGGUUGCUGGUGGCGUCACCACCCGAAGAUUGUGCUACCUCGGUGUUCUCCUAAUACGAAGUAUAUAUUUGCAGCCAUUUACGCUAGAUGGCGCCACGAGCACAAAUCCAAAUUCAUUUGAGGUAUGUAUAUGUACCAGUUCUUCAUUGUUCGCCUCUGUUUGAAUCAAAAGUAGUUAAAAGUGUCAGUUAGAAGAACGAGCCGAAGUUUUAGAAUAGUUUUAUUUGAGCGAACGAGGGAUUAAUCGUUUGGUAAGAGAGCGUGCAUUUAUAAAAUUUGACGCAGAAGACUUUGAUAUUAUUCAGAAUAUUUUAAACAAUAAGAAUUUCUCUUUAGAUCAGCAAUUAUGGCUCACAUGGGAGAGUUUAAACUUCCUCCGAACAUUCCGACCGAGUAUAAGGAAGCAGUCAUGGAUACUCUAUGUAGAAUGGAAGAUCACGUUGAAGCUACAGGUUCCAGAUAUAAAUGGAGUUUAGACGACUUCGAGAUUGGUGCACCUCUGGGCAGAGGUAAAUUUGGCCGCGUUUAUUUGGCUAGAGAAAAAAGCACCAACUUCAUGGUCGCAUUGAAAACGUUAUAUAAAAUGGAAAUAAUAAAAGGGCGAGUGGAGAAGCAAGUGAUGCGUGAAAUUGAAAUACAGACACAUCUAAGGCAUCCUCAUAUUCUUCAAAUGUUGACGUACUUUCACGAUCACAAGCGGAUCUAUCUCGUAUUAGAGUUCGCAGCCAGAGGGGAAUUAUACAAAGAGUUGAAGCGUCAACCCGGUGGUAGAUUCAAUGAGCAUUUAUCUGCUAAAUAUACGUAUCAGGUAGCAGAUGCUUUAGAAUAUUGUCAUAAAAAUAAUGUAAUCCAUAGGGAUAUAAAACCAGAAAAUCUGUUGCUCACGUACGAGGGUAACGUUAAAUUAGCAGACUUCGGAUGGUCCGUUCAUGCACCAUCGUCUAAGAGAAACACGUUAUGCGGAACAUUAGAUUACCUACCUCCGGAAAUGGUGACGGGACAAACGUACGAUAUAUACGUCGAUCAUUGGUGCUUAGGUAUUCUUUGUUACGAAUUCCUCGUCGGUAAUCCACCGUUCCUCAGCGAUUCGCAACAAGAAACUUAUACAAAAAUAAAAGCGUUGAACAUACAAUGGCCAGAAGUGAUCACGCCUGGAGCUAAGGAUCUGAUAUCAAGGUUAAUUAAACGGAAAAGCACGGAAAGGAUUUCAAUGGCUGCUGUAAAGAGACAUUUCUGGAUACAGGAGCAUAAAGAUGGACGUUGAAAAUAGAAAGUAAUUUAAAAUAUAUACACUUCUUUAUUA